AUGGAAACCACAACUCGAAGAGUAUUUUAUACGGCUUUCUUCAAUGUCAAUAAGAGUCUCCAGUGUCUGCGGACGCCCAUGGGCGGCGGUACGAGGUUUGCUACAAGGGCGAUGAGCACGACGCGCUGUCUCCGAGCCAAACCGCCGCCGGCAAAGAAAGCGCAAAAGAAGCCACUGGACUAUAAGCCAUCAAGCAGAAGGCCCCCGCCGCGCCCCUCAGCACCACCCCCAAUUCCGCCCAAACCACACACCAAUCCCCUCCGCUACCGAACCAUCCCAAUUGUAUUCGGCGGCAUCACGCUCUUCUCCCUCUCAGCCUACAUCGCGUACCUCUGCAUAUCCCUAUCCAAAACCCCCUCUCAUCCCGUUCCCACCGACCCAGCGCAGCAAUCCGAUGUCUCGCACCGCUACGACGAUAUCGCCAAGACAUUCGAUGCCUCUGUUGACUGGACGGAGUCGCUUAUGGGUCUGGUGAAGCUGAGAAAACGGCUUGCGAAAGAGGCGAAGGGGGAUGUGCUGGAGGUUAGUGUUGGGACAGGGAGAAAUUUGGAGUUUUACAACUUCGAUGGAAGUGCUAGCGUGAAAGGAAAGGAAGGUGGUGGGGGAAAGGUGGAGAGCUUUACUGCUGUGGAUAAGAGUGCUGAAAUGGUCGAAGUGGCCCGUGAGAAAUUUGGAAAAUUGCGUCCUGAUUCCAAGCCAGGAGGUGUUAAGGUGAGGUGGGUAGUCGGUGAUGCCUCUUCACCCGCUCAAAUCCCCCCAGCGCCCAACCAAAAAGAUGGAAAAUACGACACUGUCCUGCAAACGAUGGGCCUUUGUUCCGUCACUGAUCCUAUCGCCUUCCUGAAGCAUCUAGGCGAGAUCGUCAAACCUGGCGAAGGCAGGAUUUUAUUGCUGGAGCAUGGGCGGGGGAAAUGGAGUUGGCUGAAUGAUAUCCUGGAUAAGUUUGCCGAGGGGCAUGCGAGGGAGUUUGGGUGCUGGUGGAAUCGGGAUUUGGAGGGUAUUGUGAAGGAGUCGGGAUUGGAGGUUGUGCGGUUUGAGACGUGGCAUGGGGGGACGACGGCUUGGGUGGAGUUGAGGAAGGGGAAAUGUGACGGAGGAAAUGUGAAAGAGGCGGGGAAGGAGAAGAAGUCUGACGGGGGAAAGAAGGGGUGGUGGUGA